GACCUAUAUUUUAGAUUCAUUUUUUUAAGCCUUGGUCAUAUUUAAGAUUUGGUUUGGGAUUAGGAUACUUCUCAAUGGAGGAGAAUGAACAAGAGUCACGACCAUUGUCUUUUACACCAACAUUUUCUAUUGCUUCUAUCUUGUCAAUCUUCGUUGGUGUUUCUUUGCUUGUGGAGCGCGCCCUUCACUAUCUAAGCAGUUGGUUGAGGAAAAGUAAUCAGAAGUCCUUGCUUGCAGCUUUGGAAAAAAUGCAAGAAGAGAUGAUGCUGCUCGGAUUUAUAUCACUUCUAUUGACAGCUACCUCAGACUUGAUAGCCAAUAUUUGCAUUCCAUUGAAAUUCUACAAUAGUGAUUUUGCUCCAUGUACUCGAUCUGAGAUUGAAGAAGCGAUGGAAAAGAAUGGCUCAAAAGAGCAUAAAUUGUUAAUGGUUUCCACUUACCCACACUUAAAUAGGAGGAUAUUGGAGGGUAUAAAUAGAAACUCCUGCAAUGAGGGUUAUGAACCUUUUGUUUCAUAUGAAGGUCUAGAGCAAUUGCACCGUUUCAUUUUUGUUAUGGCUGUAACACACAUAUCUUACAGUUGUCUAACAAUGCUGUUAGCCAUUGUGAAGAUUCACAGUUGGAGAAUGUGGGAGAAUGAGGCUCACAAGGAUCGGCAUUCAUUUUCUGGAAUCACAAGACACUUUGCAAUGCAAAAUCAAUCAAAUUUAGUUAUGUUUCAUAGAUCAAAUCCAUUGGUCAGAAACACUUUCCUCAGUUGGGUGACAAGUUUUCUACGACAAUUUUGGAAUUCUGUGGGCCGCACCGACUAUCUUACACUUCGCAAAGGCUUCAUCAUGAAUCACAACCUCACAUUGAAAUAUGAUUUUCAUAGUUACAUGGUUCAAUCUAUGGAAGAGGAUUUCCAAAUGAUAGUUGGUGUGAGUGUUCCACUCUGGGUAUUUGUUGUAGCUUUCAUGCUAUUCAACAUUAAAGGAUCAAAUCUCUAUUUAUGGAUAGCUUUCAUUCCUAAUUCUCUUGUUCUUUUAAUUGGAACAAAGCUACAGCAUGUUAUUGCAACCUUGGUAUUGGAGAAUGCUGAAAUAACUGGUUUCUUCUCUGAAGCAAAGUUGACACCUCGUGAUGAACUUUUCUGGUUUAAUAAGCCUGAACUAUUGCUUUCCUUGAUCCAUUUCAUUCUCUUCCAGAAUGCAUUUGAAUUGGCUUCAUUCUUCUGGUUCUGGUGGCAGUUUGGCUACAACUAUUGCAUUAUCAGGAAUCAUGUCCUCCUGUAUUUAAAGUUAAUCCUGGGGUUCGCUGGACAGUUUCUCUGCAGCUACAGUACUUUGCCACUCUAUGCACUUGUUACACAGAUGGGAACAAACUUUAAGGCUGCAUUAAUUCCAGAGCAUGUAAGGGACACAAUUGAUUACUGGGGGAAGGCAGCAAGAAGAAAGAGAAGGCAUGGCAAGUUCACUGAUGGUUUUGAAUUACAACCACUAAGAGCAGAAUCAUCAGCAAAUAGAUUUUCAAAUAGCCCUGUUACCCCCCUCCUUCAACACUCUGCUUCAGAUCCUUCAGCAGUAGCAUUCCGUUAUAGAGCAGAAAAAAUGCUAAGAUCUUAUUCUAUGCCAUAAGAAAGAUAAUGCACAAAAGAAAAUGAUGUCAAAGAUGAAAACAAAACAAGCUGAAUGGUACAUUGAUGAGGGUGAAUUUUGUAUGAUUUUUUAAGUUAUGAGGUGAAUACU